AAUGGGUGGUACUACGCACGCGCGGUGACGUAAGGGAGAGCGACGCGCGUGUGGCAUUGGGAACUGGGAGCGUUGGGCAUGCGCUGUAGAUAGGCGUGGCGAGAGCGAGACCUUGAGCCUAGAGACAGAAGACAGCGGCUUUACGGUUAUAAAGAACUUUUAUAAGUUCACAUUUGAGACGUACAUAAUUUAUGAUCUAAUCUUCAUAUAAGGAAUCUGCGGUCAUGUCCAGCUGUUCUGUACCUUCUAGACCCACAGACCCAAUGGCUGUCCCACCGUCCUACUGUGACCUGGGGAAAUCCGCCAGGGAUGUAUUCAACAAAGGAUAUGGAUUUGGAAUGGUCAAGUUAGAGCUGAAGACCAAGUCUUCCAGUGGAGUGCUGGAAUUUACCACCACUGGUUCCUCCAACACAGACACAGGCAAGGCCUCAGGCAGCCUAGAGACCAAAUACAAGAUCAAGGACUAUGGACUUACAUUCACCCAGAAAUGGAACACAGACAACACCCUGGGGACAGAGGUGUCCAUGGAGGAUAAGUUAGCUGAGGGAUUGAAGUUGACUCUUGACACCAUAUUUGUACCAAACACAGGAAAGAAGAGUGGGAAAUUGAAGACCUCUUACAAACGGGAGUACGUAAACCUAGGCUGCAACAUUGACGUUGACCUUUCUGGACCAACCAUCCAUGGCUGGGCUGUGUUGGGCUAUGAAGGCUGGCUUGCUGGUUAUCAGAUGGCUUUUGAUACAGCCAAGUCUAAACUAUCACAGAAUAACUUUGCAUUAGGAUACAAGGCAGGAGACUUCCAACUACACACUAAUGUGAAUGAUGGCACUGAAUUUGGUGGGUCAAUCUAUCAGAAGGUUAACGAUAAAGUUGAGACAUCAGUAAAUCUUGCUUGGACUGCUGGCAGUAACAAUACCCGUUUUGGCAUUGCCACUAAGUAUCAGCUGGAUGAAAAUACUUCCAUUGCGGCUAAAGUGAAUAAUGCCAGUCUGAUUGGAAUUGGUUACACUCAGACCCUUCGACCUGGUGUGAAGCUGACACUCUCAGGUUUGGUUGAUGGCAAGAACUUCAGUGCUGGUGGUCACAAGGUUGGGCUGGGCUUUGAGCUGGAGGCUUAAUGCAGUUUUAAGUGGAACAGCAGCUCUGUUCCUGGAGAUGAAGGGGAGGGGAGAAAAAUAACCCAACAUGUUUUGGCCUUAAAAUUCUUCUGUGAAAUUUCAAAAGUGUGAACUUUUUUUAUUCUUCCCAAGAAUUGUAACUCUUCCCCCACCCCACAGCUAUAGGGUGUAAACUCAUAAAAGGAGAUACUUGAAGGCAUGCAUGGAAGUUGUAAAGGUUGUGCCACAUUUCAGUUCCUCAGUGUUAUUUUAAAUUUAUUCCUUAAGACAGCAUAGUAUUUCCUUAAAGGAAAAAAUCCCAGCUCUCCCAGCUAGCAUAUCACAUCCUGCAUGUCCACACCUGAUGACCUCUUAUGAAAUUGGUCUCUGUGCAGUAGUGAAAGCUUUGGUUUCGCAUCAAAGUGAAAUAAAUCAAUCACAUUUGGAACAUAUCCCUUCUGCGUGUUCAAGAUUGCUUUAGAUUUGGCAGGAUCUGUUAAAAAAUGCAACUAAAAUAGGUAACCUGUUUUUUUAAACAUGCUUGGUGCUGGUUUUCAGGGACAAAACUGAAUCCCAUGGAGCAGUAAAGAUUCAGGAAGAAUGAA